CAGUUGCAUGAUUUCGUUUCUGCCUCAACACAUGGCGAUACAAAUUACCCCACACUACUUCCCCAGCGGAAGAUUCGGACCCAUGAUUCUGGACUCCCAACUAGAUCAUCUUCACCCACCUCUUCUGGGAAGCAAAAGCGAAGAGGAAUAUAUUGGAUACAAGAGUAACAAUAGUAAACCGAAAAGCCACAAAAGCACAAGAAGUACAGUUUCAGAUAGAAACAACCAGAAGUUGGUGGUCAGAAAAAUGGUCAAUUUGCUGGAAAUCGAAGACGAUUUACUUGAACAGCUGAAACACGAAGUACUCACGCUUCGCAAGUUAUGCCAUCCGAACAUUCUUCCAAUUUACUCGGCCGAAAUCGAGGGAAGUAAUCUGUUCAUAGCGAUGCCUUUCGCUGAACGAGGGUGUUGUCGGUUCAUUUUGGAAAAGCACUUCGAAUACGGCUUCAAAGAAAAAUUAGUACGGCAUAUUUUAACCUCGGUUCUCUCAGCUGUGUUUUACCUUCAUGUCAAUUCAAUCAUCCACACCAGAAUUUGUUCACGAAAUGUGCUGCUUUCCUUACAAGGUCAUGUUUACUUGACUGGGUUCGAAUAUGCUCAAAGUGUAGCCCAGACAGCGGGCAUGUUGUUUGACCUGCCUAAAGAUAUCAUAGAUUACUUGCCCUGGACUGCACCGGAAGUUUUGGCCCAAGAUACCCGCGGGUUCAGUUUUCCAGCUGACAUCUACAGUGUUGGUGCUCUGGGUGUGGAACUGAACAACGGAGUCCCGCCCUUCACAGAUCCAACGAAUCCUCUGGCGCCGUCGUUGAUUAUGUUGGAGAAGUUGAAAGGCUUCACGCCUCGAUUGUUGGACAGCUCCACGAUAAAUGAAGAUACUCUGACUGUCUUAGAAGAAGGUCAAAUGACGGACGAGUCAGCCCAGAUGGACAUGUUAGUGUUCAAACAGAGGACUCUCUCUCAGGACUACCACCAGUUGGUGAACACCUGUUGCAGGACCAGCCCCUGGACACGCCCCACGGCCGAACAACUGCUCAAGUCCUGUCCAUUCACCAACCCCAUCGAACAGAAGCGCAUGUCCGGCUCAGGUGAACUGGAGAGCGAACUACCCAUCAUAGACUUGCCAGUGGACGAGAAAACAACCGAAGAAGGGGAGGGGGAGGUGAGUGGGGGGAACAACAAGUCCACCACCUCCGUAAUCACCACUGGGGGAGGCACACAGCUCGGAACAUUCGAGACGAUCGAGGAAGAGAACGAGAGCCAGCUCAGUUCCCACCUACCACCCGAGGAUGGAUUGUCCUCUCUGAAUGCGUUGAGUGCUGCCACUCCUCAGGGAUUGUGGGGAUCCUUUUGGAACUUCUAAGAGCAGAAGCAUCCGAUUGGCCUCGUUAUUUCAAUCUCUCGAAACGUGAAAAAGAUAGAACUGUACAAAAAAAGGACAAAUUAAUGAUUGCAAUUGCAGAAAACAACAUGAAGGAGAUCAUUUUAUACACAGGAGAGUUCAGAUAGGUUAAUACACGUAGUAUCAUAGAGUGCGAUGAGAAAUUAACUUAUCCACAGCUCGAAAGGGUGCAUUUUGUUUGAGCAGUUAUUAUAUUCACUGUGGUUAUUUAUGUAAAUUUUGAUUUGAGCUCACUUUUAUUGGUGAAAUCUUGAUAUUUGAUAAAGGAAAUGCAAUUUAUCGUUACUUAGAA